AUGACAUCAAGUUAAAAGUAUAAGGGAAAUCCCAGCCAAAGUUUCUAUUUUACACGGAGAAAUUUACUUUAAGCAUAUAUGUAAUAAUUACAAGACUAUACGGUAUUUCAACGUAUCAAUGGAAACAAUUGCAUGUAUAGAUUUGACAUGAUCCAAUCCAGCGAAAUGAGUACGUCUCAAACAAAAACAGCUUUCUAUGGAAAAAGGAAACACAAAAAGAGUAUUACAUGUGCCGGAUCACCUGAACCACCAGUCAAAAAAUGUGAAACACCAAGAAGUGCCCGCUCCAACAGCGAUGACAGUGCUUAUUUCUCUUACGUGGAGUUUUUAAGGGGAGAUGAUGUGUCUGAUAUGGAAACACCAGUAUGUGCAGACUUGCUUGAUUCCAUGUCUCAACAUAAACAUCAGGAUAUAAGUACGGAUUCUCUUCGUAUCCAUUACAAGUAUCUGAAAUCAGAAAUAGAUCCACAUGAGGUUGAAGACCACCUGUACCAAAGAGAUGCAAUCGAUAGUCAGUUUUAUGAAACAUGCAGGGAGACUCCAAACAGAAGCCGUCGAGUUGAUAUGCUGAUAAAGAAAGUGCAUUAUGUCGCCCUGUCGAAAGAUUCAAAGAUUUUAAGACAAUUUGUAGAUUCACUACAUGCGACAGACCAAUGUCAUGUUGUUGAGAAAUUAGCUGAAAUGUUUCCAGAAACCAGCUUUGAAAACGAUCCGCCAGAGGAACAACUGACAGGAUUUUUAAAAGAGAUGAAGAGCUCUAUUUACGAAAAUGUGGAACCCAAAUACUUUAUAGAUGACUUGGUAGAAAACGGAGCUAUUUCGUUUAAUGACCACGAAGAUAUUUCAGCAAUUGCGUGCAGAAGAGACAGAGUAGCAUGCUAUAUGAACAAAGUAAAUCAUGCCCGCAAGUCUGGAGGCGAUCGUUCUCUAAUGAGGAAGAUAAUCCAACCAAUGAUUCAUGCCUAUCCAAAGCUAUAUGAAGAAUACACAUGCAGACAUAAAGAGGAAAGCAUUGAAGUACCGCAGGUAAAAGUAGGCUCUUUAGUCCGCGUAAGAUGUCACAUCAAAGGAAACAAGCAGCAGGCUCUUCUUCGACAUAUAGAACGGAACUGCGUAAAAACGUUUUAUGAAAAUGCUCCUAACUAUGAAGAAUGGUUGGAAAAUAUAGUAGAGGAAUGUAGAUGCAGUUUUGAGAAAUUGACAAUUUCGUCAGUUGUUAUCCACCUCAGAACUACACAAGGAGAUUCUCUCUAUCGGGUUUUCAAAGCCUGUAAAGAAGGUAAAGCUUUACAGUGGCUAUUGUCACUACUGGAUGAGCAUGAUAUGACAGAACUGAAAAGGUUAGGUCCGACUAAGCUUCAAAUAAAGAUAGUGGCUGAUGAAAACGGAAAUGGGGACAAUUUACAUCAAGGCCAAGACUGUCUUUGCGUAAUUAACAGAAACAGCAUACUCAAGAACUAUAAGUUGUUUCCAAAACACGUACAUGACAUAGAUAAACUAAUAGAGCUGAUGUGCGAACAGAAUUUGCCCGGGAAGGAGCAGCUGGUGACUUUAAACCAGUUCAAAGCAGAGAAACGAAACCAAAAGCUCUUCGAUUUUCUCCUUCAGAAGGAAAUUCCACAAAUAUAUUUUUGUGUCCUACAAAAACACAUACAGAAGUCUGGGAAUUCUGCUUUUCUUCAAGAAGUUUCACAAGAUGAUAUCGAAGAUACAAUGUCAUUGAGCAUUUCUGAUAUUUUGGAACAUGAAGAUUAUAUAAAGGAAGAAAUUGACAUUAGGUAUUUUACUCCAACAAUUUUCUCAAGAGAGACUAAGACUUCAAAUCAGCUGCAAAGAGAGCUACAAAUGUGCAAAUCAAGAAGAUGUCGAAUCGAUUUGCUUCUACGUUAUCUACAAGAAGAGGAUGAUAUAUCCUGGUUUUGGGAUCAGUUGAAAGUCUCACAGAAAUAUAUAUGGAAUGCAAUUUUGUCCAGCAAGAAAAGCAAAUAUUUAUCUGAGAGAGAUCUGCUUGCUUUUAACAUACUACUGAACGACCGCAUCGUGGACGAAAUCGACCCACUUCAUUUGAAAACUUGGAUGAAUGACCUGACGAUCCAGAAACUACACUUUUCUGAUUUUGAAAGAGUAUCAAGUCGAAGAACAAGAGCACAGUGCAUGAUGAACAGGCUUUCUGUGGAUACUGUGGGUCUAGUUAUCAUGGCUUUGAGGCGGAGCGGUUAUGAACAUGUAGUCGAAGAGAUUAAAGCUGGUUCCUUAUCAAAUAGAUAUGAAUGUCCUAGGUUGUUGCAAAGAAUGCAAGAAAAUAAGUGUGUAUUCCACUAUCAAUUUGAAAUGAAUUUUGAUCUGCCAGAGUACGACUGCAAGUAUUACUAUACCAAUCUAAUCUAAGCUGAGCAUAAGGUGACCAGCAUCUACCAGUGUCAGUUUUAGUAUUUGUUUGUGUUUUUCAUAGCAAAAUGACAAAGAUUCACACCAAAUGCAUCAAACCAAAACAAGUAUUACUGCUUGUAAGGUCAAAGUAUAACUAGCAGUUUUC